AAAAAUACGGUGAGUAGAGCGAAUAGAAUGAUCUUUUCGACAAUAAAACGUACUCAUUUUCUGCAGCAGUAAAGAAAUUCCAUCCAACUUCAUAUUGUGUGAAGCUGUCAUACUUUUCACAUAUAACAUUUUUCCGAUCAUAUUGGUGUGUAAAAGAAUAGUCAAACAUCUGCGAAAAUGUCUGAUGCAGCAGCUAAGCCAGUGGGUCGGCCCAUGAAAUUUCCGUACACAUUCUCAGCAAAAAUUGCCCAGUUUCCCUACAAGUUUUACUUCCAAAAUCAAUGGAUUUGGAAAUUUUACGCUGUUGGUGUGCUAGUUUCGAUCCCACUCUUUUACAAGAUCAGCCAAAUGGCCAAUUCACCUGGUAAUGUUGCCAAAUGGGCUGAAUCGAAACGGAAGGAAGCCGAAUCACAUCAUUAAAAUGUAUCAGUCAGGCGGCAAGUUUUCUAGAACAUCUUUGCUUUGAAUUGUUUCACUUUUAGAUUGUUUGUGUAAUGCCGAAAAACCACACAUUUAAAUAAAUAAAAAAUGUAAAAUCGACUCUGAUUCAAAACUAUGAAAUGAUUGUAGGAGAACGAUUUAUAGUAGUUGUGAAUGGAAAAGUAAUAAACUUCUCUAAACAAGUAAAUUAAAAG